UGAGGCGGAAGUGCUUAGGUCGUGGGGAAGCUGGUGGUGUUGUUUGGAUGCGGUCACGGGGGGCGUCGUGUUUUUGUUUUUAGGAUUUUUUUAACCGGUGGGGGAUUUGAAACCAGGCCGGUAACGGGAGGAUUACCGAUGAGGGGCGAAGAGUCGUCGGAUUCUGAGUCCGGGAGGAUGGAGGAGAGCUCGGUCCGGAGGAGUUUAGAGACUCUGUGUCAGGAACUGAACAUGGACGAGCAGACUGCGGCUGAAGCCAUGGAGAACUUCACGGCCAUAUGGAACACGUACACACUGGAGGGCGAGGUGGUGCACUGGUUGGCCUGUUCUCUUUAUGCAGCCUGCAGAAAAGGAUCCACUCCCACAGUGGGUAAAGGUUUAAUGGAAGGAAACUGUGUCUCCCUCACCAGGAUCCUCCGCACCGCCAAACUCAGUCUGAUCCAGUUCUUCUCGAAGAUGAGGAAGUGGGCCGACAUGUCGAACCUCUCUCAGGACUUCAGGCUGCGGAUGGAGCAUCUGGAGAGAAACUUUGAGGUGUCCACCGUCAUUUUCCGAAAGUUUGAGCCCAUCUUCAUGGACAUGUUCCAGAACCCGCAGGGAGGCGAACCGCCACGGCAACCACGCAGCAGGAAGCACAGGCGUCUGCCGUGUCACAUCAGUGAUGUGUUCAAGUUCUGCUGGACUCUGUUCGUCUACACCAAAGGUAACUUCCGUAUGAUCGGAGACGACCUGGUGAACUCGUAUCACCUGCUGCUCUGCUGCCUUGACCUCGUGUUUGGAAACGCUCUGCUGUGUGCCAACAGGAAAGACCUGAUCAACCCCACCUUCAGAGGUCUCCCUCCUCUGUACCGCGCUGACGGCCAUGUUCCAGCUGACGAGCUUCCUCCGUGUGUGUUGGAGCGUCUGUGUGAGCUUCAUGACGGGCUGGUGGUCGAGGCCAAAGGCAUCAAACAGCACUACUUCAAACCGUACAUCCAGAAACUGUUCAACAGACAGAUUCUGAAAGGAAACGAGGACAGUUUGACCGAACUGUUGGACCCUCAGAACUUUAUCGACAACAAUAAAGCCAUAAACAAGGAGUACGAGGAGUACGUGCUGACGGUGGGAGAUUUUGACGAGCGGGUGUUUCUAGGAGCGGACGCAGACGAGGAAAUUGGGACUCCGAGGAAAAUCGUUCAGGAGCCUUCAGCCAGCCGGACAAACACACACAACACACUUCAGCAACACAUGGAGAAGUCUGGCUCUCUCGCCCCCUCCACCCCUCUGACGGGGCGGGUCUACCUGAAGGAGAAAGACCUCCUCGUCACGCCGGUCUCCUCGGCGACACAGAGCGUCAGUCGUCUGCAGAGCAUUGUGGCCGGGCUGAGGACGGCGCCCAGCGAACACAUGAUGCAGAUCUUCAAGUCCUGCUCCAGAGAUCCCACAGAGUCCAUCGUGAGCAGAGUGAAGACACUCGGACAAACUUUCAAAGAACAUUACACCAACGACUCAGAGGACAUGCCCGGCUCUCAUAUAGACUUCGCAGAGAACCGCCUGAAGCUGGCCGAGAUCCUGUACUACAAGAUUCUGGAGAACGUGAUGGUGCAGGAGACCAAACGGCUGCACGGCAAAGACAUGAGUGUGUUGUUGGAGCAGGAUAUCUUCCACUGCUCUCUGAUGGCAUGUUGUCUGGAGGUGGUGUUGUUCUCCUACAGCUCACAGAGAACUUUCCCCUGGAUCAUCAACAUCUUCAAACUCACACCCUUCUACUUCUUCAAGGUGAUCGAGGUGUUUAUCCGCUCCGAGGAGGGUCUGUCCAGAGAUAUGGUCAAACACCUGAAUUCCAUCGAGGAGCAGGUGCUGGAGAGCCGAGCGUGGAGCGCCGACUCCGCCCUGUGGAGCGCCUUACAGGCUGCAGGAAACAAGGUCCCCACAGUGGAGGAGGUGAAUUUCUCCUCCAGUCUGGACUCUGGUUCUGGUCCCGGCUCUGGUUCCAAUUCUUUGGGAGGAGGUCAGUCUCACCUGCCUCUGGUCGCCCUCUCCCCCAUCAUCCACCCUCGAAUCAGGGAGUUCAGAUCAGGCCUGGGCAGCGCUCGUAAAGACGUUCCUCCCUCUCCGCUCUCGGUACACGACAGGUACAGCUCUCCGGCAGCAGGCAGCGCUAAACGCCGUCUGUUCGGUGACGACACGCCUGUCCAAACGUCAGGAGGGACCCCCACUGUGAGCCCCAUGUCGUCGCCCGCCAAAAGGUUAACAUUCGGAUCCAGCAGCACGCUGAGGAUCGGCACUCAGGGCGGGCAGACCACCGUCCUCAGCUUCCCCCUGCAAGGUGUGAAUAACGAGCGCACCUUCACUCUGAUCCCGGUCCAGUCGUGUGACUCCUCCGGUCCGAUCACGGCUCAGUUCCUGCUCACCGCCUCACCGACCCGACUCGCCUCCCCGAGCCGAUUGACCGUCGCACCCACAGCAUCCGACCCACAGACAGGAAGUGGACGGCCUCGACGCACUGGAUCACUCGCUCUGUUCUUCAGGAAGGUGUAUCACCUGGCCAGCGUGCGUCUCAGGGACCUGUGUGUGAAGCUGGACAUCCUGCCUGAGCAGCGCAGAAAGAUCUGGACGUGUUUCGAGCACGCUCUGGUGCACAGCAGCGAGCUGAUGAAGGGCCGCCACCUGGACCAGCUGCUGCUCUGCAGCGUCUACAUCAUCUCCAAGAUCACCAAAGAGACUCACAGCUUCCACGACAUCAUGAAGUGUUACCGCAGCCAACCACAAGCACACAGCCACGUGUACCGCAGUGUGUUGCUGCGUCACACUAACAGAGAGCAGGUGACGGACGAGAACAUGGAGGUGGAUCCUGUUUCAGGAGGAGAAUCUGCAGAGAAAACCAAUCAGGCUCCAGGAGAGGAGAACUCUGACCAAUCAGGGGAGGAGGAGCGCGGUGACCUCAUCCAGUUCUACAACAACGUCUUCGUGCUGAAGAUGAAGAGCUUCGCGCUGAGAUACGCCUCCCACGACAACCGGGCUGACGCCCCUCCUCUCUCUCCGUUCCCGUCGGUGCGUGCUCAGCCUCUCUCGCCUCGUCGUGUUUCUCAGAGACACUCGCUCUACGUGUCUCCUCACAAGAACGCUGCAGGCUGCCUCACCCCAAACUCGUUUACCUACAGGAUCAACAGCAGCCCGUCCAAGGAGUUAUCGGACAUCAACCGGAUGAUCCGUCAGGGCUCUGUCAGCAGGAAGAGGGCGUUCACCAUGGAGGGUGACGUUAUGAUGUCAUCAGCCUGUGACUCCCCCAGCAAGAGGGCGUGUCCGGAGAAUGGCAGCAGUCCAGACGUGCUGCUGAAGCGUCUGCAGGACGUCGUGUCAGAGCGUCAGAGUCACUGACGGACGGCGUGCAGACAGGAAGUGUUUUAAUCCUUUAUUUUAGAUAUUUAUGACCUCAUCGUUCAUCCACCUGUGCACGCCACGAAGAAAUACGUCGAUUCGUUUGACUCCUAGUGUCAUCACAAAUUCUAAAUACAGACGUUGAAGCCAUAAAUAAUAUCAAAACUGAUAUUUGAGCCUCAGUAGGAUACAAAACAAUCACGCCAUUAUCUGUUAGCGUUUUAUAGUCUCUGUGCAGCUGAGUUCUGUGACAGUUUACAGCGUGUACCUGAAGAAGAGCAGAGGACACCUGAACACACCUGUACUCACCUGAUAACACCUGAACACACCCUGGACGAUACAGAGAGAUAUCAUUCACACACUUCUGCUGCUCGAUGACGGCAAGCGCAGGCUCAUUUCAGACCGUGUAUUUAGAAGUUCAAGAUUAAGGCUAAAACAUCCCACAAUGCAUCACUCUCUGUAGGAGCACAUGUGACGGUGGUACGCAUCAGAGAAAUGCGUAAAUGUCCUUUUAAUGCAAACAAAGAUCUUCUAUUGAGUCCAGAGUGACACACACUAACCUCCGUCAGUACAUUUUCAUCUAAAGACGUGUUUACGGCGUUACAGCAGAGUUCAGGUUUCCAUGACAACAGUGGAGAAACACCAGAAUCAAGAGACUCUUUGUGAAAACAUUUAAACCCUGAGAGGUUAAAGGUCACAGUCUUUAGGUCAGAUUAAGUGUAUGAAUCAUUUAGAAUUAUUGAACUCUGACCUUUUGUACACAGUUUCCAUGGCGAUGAGUGGCACACUGAUCCAUUGAACUCGUCUCCUCUCUUUGUAAGAUUUUACUGCUGCCUACUUUAACUCUUUUAUUACUUUUACUCCUUCCUUUAAUCAUUCGUCUUCGUGCACGUGAGCGUUGUGGUGAUGUAUAUAUCUGAAAUAAGAAGCUAAAUGCUAAAGCUAACAAUCCGAGGGCGUCAUUAAGGCAGUGUUUGUGUACCAGCUGUGUGUAGUAUCUACACAAGGAACCCGUCAUGUUAAUGUUCACACCAGGAUUAAAUAAAAGAACACCAGCAAACAAGACGUUUAAACAAACAACUUUUUGUAAAAAUAAAAUAAAAUCGUAGAAAAUAAAAUAUUGGAGAAUUCACGAAGCAGGGAUCGGGUUUCACUCCUCUCUGUGAUUUUGUGCUUUUCACGUACAUUUGUAUUUUCUAAGACUUUGUAAAUAAAAUGUACUCAAAGGA